AUGACAACAAAGAACAACAACAACGCUGCUCCUGUAUUCAAGUGGCGAGCUCGUCUUCUUCUGCCGCUGUGGUGUUGGCUUGUCGUGGACGACGAGCUCUUACUUAACAAUCAUAAGGCUCACGAUAACGCCGAUCCAGAGCAGGCACCGGCCCAAAACGAAGCGAAUGACCUCUUAUCAUCGCAAGUACAGGUAGGAAUGUCUGCCGAUGCCAAGGAGGAGACGACGCCCCGCCACGAUGAAAAGCCCCCAAGCCGAGUCCAGCGACAGCAGGUACUAACACCCGAGGAGGACACCACAAGCCGGGUGGAAGCGACCGAGGAAACGAGUGACCCAGCAUCGCCAUCCGGCCUCCGAGGUGUGGGCAGAAAACAUCCGGAGGGCAACGAUCGGCCUGCAUCCUCUACGGAAUCAGAGGGAAACACGAGCAAGAUAAACGGCACAUCCUUCAGUCGCCGCCAACAAGAUAACGCCACCGCAGAAACACCGGGGAGGGACCGGUCCAUCGUCGAAGAAAGCCCGCAGAGAGAGAGUGCUUGCUACUGCUACACUGGAAUCCCCUCUUAUCGCAGUCGCCGAAUAUGCCUGCAAUGA